GUUUUAUCUAUGUUUUGUGUAAGUGUGUGAAUUAUUUGUGUGUGUUUUGUUGAGACAAUGGAUACCCAUGGAAGGCUAAUUGCUGGUUCACACAACAGAAAUGAGUUUAUUCUAAUCAAUGCUGAUGAAUAUGCAAAGGUGAAUUCUGUAACAGAAUUAAGUGGUCAGAUAUGUCAGAUUUGUGGGGAUGAGAUCGAAAUGACUGUUGAAACUACUUAUCCAUGUGCCCAAAAGCCCGCCCACCUAGUCUAUGAGCCAUUUGUGGCUUGCAACGAAUGUGCAUUUCCUAUAUGCAGACCUUGCUAUGAAUAUGAAAGAAGGGAUGGUAAUCAAGCUUGCCCACAAUGCAAAACCAGAUUCAAAAGAAUCAAAGGGAGUCCAAGAGUUGAUGGCGAUGAAGAAGAGGAUGGAUUUGAUGAUUUGGCUAACGAAUUUGAUCUCCGAAACAAUGACAGGAGAAAUCCUCAUAGUCUUUAUGAAUACUCUUCACACAUAAAUAUUGAUGCUUCAAAUAUUUCUGUCUUUGCCACCGCAUCUGAAGUAGAUGGUGCUGCUCCUAGUCAUGAGAUGCCUCUUCUUACUUAUGGUCAAGAGGAUGAUGAUAGUCAUGCUUUAAUCAUCCCGCCAUUCAUGGGGCGUUCGAAACGAGUUCAUCCUACACAGUGUUUUGAUACCGCUUCGUCAGUCUCUUUAACAAUGGACCCAAAGAAAGAUAUAGCAGUUUAUGGGUAUGGAACGGUUGCAUGGAAGGAUAGAAUGGAGGAAUGGAGGAAAAGACAGGCCGAUAAACUUCAGAUAAUGAAGCACCAGGGGAAUGAUGGUGGUGGCGGGCAUGAUGGUGAUCUAGAUGAUGAAGAUUUGCCCAUGAUGGAUGAGGGAAGGCAACCACUGUCAAGGAAGCUGCCGAUUCCUUCAAGCAAGAUAAAUCCGUAUAGAAUGGUGAUUUUAAUGCGUAUGGUGAUUCUUGGUCUUUUCUUCCAUUAUAGAAUCCUUCAUCCUGUAAAUGAUGCAUAUGGAUUGUGGCUCACUUCAGUUAUCUGUGAGAUAUGGUUUGCUGUUUCAUGGAUCUUAGAUCAGUUUCCGAAAUGGCUUCCUAUUGAGCGUGAAACAUACUUGGACCGAUUAUCAUUAAGGUAUGAGAAAGAAGGGAAGGCUUCUGAGCUAGCUCCUAUAGAUGUCUAUGUGAGCACAGUGGAUCCAUUAAAAGAACCACCACUCAUCACUGCAAACACGGUUUUAUCUAUAUUGGCGGUGGAUUAUCCUGUGGAUAAAGUUGCCUGCUAUGUUUCUGAUGAUGGUGCUGCCAUGCUUACAUUUGAAGCACUCUCAGAAACAUCUGAAUUUGCAAGAAAGUGGGUCCCUUUCUGCAAGAAAUUUAAUAUAGAACCACGUGCUCCUGAGUGGUAUUUUGCUGAGAAGGUUGAUUAUCUUAAAGAUAAAGUACAUCCUGCAUUUGUCUGUGAACGCCGUGCUAUGAAGAGAGAUUACGAGGAGUUUAAGGUACGGAUAAAUGGGCUUGUGUCCAUGGCACAAAAGGUUCCUGAAGAUGGAUGGACUAUGCAGGACGGGACUCCGUGGCCCGGAAAUAACGUUAGGGAUCAUCCUGGAAUGAUUCAGGUUUUCUUAGGGAAUGAUGGUGUUCGAGAUGUUGAAGGAAACGAAUUACCACCCCUUGUUUAUGUUUCUCGAGAGAAAAGGCCUGGAUUUGACCACCACAAGAAAGCGGGUGCAAUGAAUGCUCUCAUCCGAGUCUCUGCUGUUAUUACAAAUGCACCUUACAUGCUCAAUGUAGAUUGUGAUCACUAUAUAAAUAAUAGUAAAGCUCUCCGGGAGUCUAUGUGCUUCAUGAUGGACCCUAUAUCCGGAAAGAAAAUUUGCUACGUUCAAUUUCCUCAAAGAUUUGAUGGGAUUGAUCGGCAUGAUAGAUACUCAAAUCGCAACGUUGUCUUCUUUGAUAUUAAUAUGAAAGGGCUGGACGGGAUCCAAGGACCGAUAUAUGUUGGAACCGGAUGUGUUUUCAGGAGACAGGCAUUGUAUGGUUUCGAUGCGCCAGUUAGAAUGAAACCUCCUGGAAAAACAUGCAAUUGCUUGCCUCAAUGGUGUUUGUGUUGUUUCUCAUCAAGAAAGAAGAAAAUCAAGGGAAAUGCAAAAAAGAAAACUAAAAAGAUGAAGAAGAUGAUGGAAAGUUCAAUACAAAAACACUCACAAAACAUCGAAGAAGGGAAUGCUAAAAAGAAAAUGAAAAAGAUGAAGAAAAUAAUGGACACUUCAACUCAAAUACAUGCACUAGAGAAUAUCGAAGAGGGGAUUGAAGGAAUAGAUAGUGAAAGAUCAUUGCUCAUGCCUCACAUAAUGCCUGAAGAUAAAUCAUUGCCCAUUUCUCAGAUAAAAUUGGAAAAGAAAUUUGGGCAGUCUCCUGUGUUUAUUGCUUCGACCCUUAUAGAAGACGGUGGUGUUCUUCCUGGGGCAUCGUCUGCAUCGCUCUUGAAAGAAGCUAUUCAUGUCAUAAGUUGUGGUUAUGAAGAUAAAACUGAAUGGGGAAAAGAGGUUGGAUGGAUAUAUGGUUCAGUCACGGAGGAUAUCUUGACGGGGUUUAAGAUGCAUUGUCAUGGGUGGAGAUCAGUGUAUUGCAUUCCCAAGAGGCCCGCAUUUAAGGGUUCGGCACCAAUUAAUCUUUCCGAUCGUCUUCACCAAGUUCUUAGGUGGGCUCUUGGGUCAGUUGAAAUUUUGUUGAGUAAGCAUUGUCCUAUAUGGUAUGGUUAUGGGUGCGGUUUGAAGCCUUUGGAGAGGCUUUCAUAUAUAAACUCUGUUGUCUAUCCAUUGACGUCUGUUCCAUUGGUUGCUUACUGCACGCUUCCGGCUGUUUGUCUCCUCAGCGGGAAAUUCAUUGUUCCAGAGAUAAGCAAUUAUGCUAGCAUUAUCUUCAUGCUCAUGUUUUUAUCAAUUGCCAUAACAAGUGUCUUAGAGAUACAAUGGGGUGGAGUUGGUAUAGACGACUUUUGGAGAAACGAGCAAUUUUGGGUAAUCGGUGGUGUCUCCUCUCAUCUAUUUGCUCUAUUUCAAGGUCUACUAAAAGUUUUGGCUGGCGUCAAUACAAACUUCACUGUUACCUCAAAAGGUGGUGAUGAUGGAGAUUUUGCCGAGCUCUAUAUCUUCAAGUGGACCAGUCUUUUGAUCCCACCAUUGACUUUAUUAGCCUUUAAUGUCAUCGGUGUAGUUAUCGGGAUCUCUGACGCAAUCAACAAUGGGUACGAAUCGUGGGGUCCACUUUUUGGGAAACUUUUUUUCGCGAUAUGGGUCAUUCUUCAUCUCUACCCUUUCCUCAAGGGUGUAAUGGGAAAACAAAGGACUGUUCCCACCAUAAUACUCGUAUGGACAAUCCUUUUAUCUUCGAUUCUGACAUUAGUGUGGGUUCGGUCCAACCCAUUUGUUAGUAAAGACGGCCUAGUAUUGGACCCUUGCGGGUUAGACUGUAACUGAGUAUGAUAGUCAAAUGGUCUUUCAGGCAGUUCUGAAGUAGUAUUAUUAUAGAGAAGUUGGUUAGUUUUUGUAGAUACAAAACAGGCAGGUGAUUUUGUGGUAGAUUGAGAGUUCACUUUUUGGGGUCAUGAUUUUAGUUGAUUCUUAUUAUAUAAAGGUUUGGGGAGUCUUGUGAGGAUUAAGGGAUGGAUUUCAGAAAUCUUAUCUGUUUGUAAUCCCAGAAGAACAUAGAUUGAUUAGUCAUUUUAUUAUUAUUUUAUAAUGUUCCUCUUUUAUAAAAUUUAGUUGAAAAUGUA